AUGGCGAGCUCCUUACUGGCCUUUCGGUCCUGCUGGGAUCGUAUGGCUCCUGGCCGACUCCCGGAGGGGCAACUAUUUUGGGACCUGUGGCGCCGGGGUCCGGCCCUAGGGAGCAAGAGACAUUUUCUGAGGCCGGUUGCUGCAGGAGGAAGGGGGCCCCAGGGCCCGCGGCGCGCGGAUGUCCCAUGUGGACUUUGUAGGAGCCAGCCCUUCUCCACGUCUGGGCAGCCGCGGGGAGCAACCAAGGGCCCCAGUGGCCCGCGCGCAGCGGGGCCUGUUUCCUGGAAGUCCCUGGCAUUCACAUUUGCUAUUGGUGGAGCUUUAUUGUCUGGAAUGAAGUAUUUCAAGAAAGAAAAGGCAGAAAAGUUAGAGAAGGAGCGGAAGCGAACCAUAGGAAAGCCUUUACUUGGAGGACCUUUCUCACUCAUGGAUCACAACGGAGAGCCCAGGACUGAUAAAGACUACCUGGGACAGUGGAUACUAAUUUACUUUGGUUUUACGCAUUGUCCUGAUAUCUGUCCAGAGGAAGUGGAAAAAAUGAUAGCUGUAGUGGAUGAAAUUGAUAGUAUUCCAACUCUUCCAAAUUUAAUACCACUUUUCAUCACUAUUGACCCAGAGAGAGACAAUAGAGAAGCUGUUGAAAGAUAUGUGAAAGAAUUUUCUCCCAAGCUAGUUGGCUUGACAGGUGCUCCAAAAGAGAUUGAUCAGGUUGCCAGAGCAUAUAGAGUUUAUUACAGCCCAGGACCCAAGGAUGAAGAUGAAGACUACAUAGUGGAUCAUACAAUAAUAAUGUAUUUGAUUGGCCCAGAUGGUGAAUUUUUGGAUUAUUUUGGCCAAAACAAGAAGAAUACAGAAAUAGCUGGUUCAAUUGCUGCACAUAUGAGGGAUUACAAGAAGAAACAUUAAAACAAUGUUACUUGUGCUGCAGUUAUAUUUUCUUACUAGUAAGAGAACUUUAUCUCCCGUAGGAGAUGUGGUGCAUAUGAUUUUCAACUCCUCCAAAUUCUUAUGCUUCAACUACAUUGUCCCAUGAAAAGGAAGAAGACCAGAACAAGUUUGCUUAGUUCUUUGGAUUGUAAUUAUUAAAGCAGGAAAUUACUCAGUAAUUAUUAAAGCAGGAAAUCUCUCCAAAAGGUAUACACUUAUCUUGUUACUGAGGUAUGGUGAGAUAUCAGUGAUAGUAGCAUAAAGAUCAUAGGUAUAAUAUUUCCACAGACACUGUAGAAAUUCUCAUUGCCCUGUAUUUCAUUUUGCUGACCUCCUAGCUUCAUGGACAUUCUUAGAAAUUGUGGAGAAUUAUUUUCAGACAAAAGGAGAAACCUUCAUAAUAUUAUUUUUCUUCUCUCUGAUUUCUGGUGAUUGGUUUAAAAGAAUCAUCAGGGAACUAUGAUUGGGCAAAAGUAGUGUUUGUAUUUAAAAGCAGAAAUGAUAUCCUUGUUGUUUAUUUAACCUACAUUAUUGAUCUGGAAAGGGGAGCUGAUAGGAAGACUUUAUAUUUCUUUUUUAAGCUGGAAAUAACUGUAUUGGAUCCUUCAUAUGUUUUUUUGUCAUGUGAAUGAGAUUGUCAAUUGAAAUAUUUGGAAAUAAAAGUGUCUUAUGAUUACAAAUAGCCUUUUGCAAUGCCUUAUGGUUGCACUGAGUUUGAAAUAAAAAUUUUCAUCUCUUUUUGCGUA